GUCUUCUUAUGGAGAAAUAAGGUGACACCAGUCAGCAGACCCGUGGCUCAGACAGCUUCUCAUGAACUGAUAUUGAUUUCUUGAUUUCCUCGAAAACAGCCCAAGAGCUGGAUUUGACAUUACAGGGAGAUGAACAUGAUUGCUACUUGACCGACACUGAAACCCCUGCGUUUUGAUUUUAGUUUCUUUGCUGUCAUGGACUACCUAUCUCCUCUGACCGUCUGCCUGUGUAUGCAACUCUCAGUGUGUCUUCUGGGUUCAACAGCCUCUGCUGGCGGCAGCCUGUGGGGUAAGAAAGUGCGAUUCAGUGGCCGCCCGUGCAUGUGGCAGCUACAACCAGGUGCCGUGGUACCCGCCCUCCAGGAGCUGAGCGCGUGCUUGCUCUUACGCCGCAACAUUGCGACGGAGUGGACAGGUUUUGUCUACAAGGCGCCAGGAGGUCAGAGGAUAGAGUUGGGACUUGGGGGCACAAGUUCACAGCUGACAGUAUGGCUGUUUGGCGAGAGACAGCCCCUGGAAUGGGAACUGAAAGUGAAUGAGUGGUACUCUGUCUGUCUCACCUGGUCGGCCAGCGCUCGGAGGCUGAGGACCUACAUUAAUGGAACCAGUGUGAGCGAGGCCCCUGUGAAUCGCAUCCUACCCCAUCAACUGGCCGGAAACGGCACGCUCACUUUGGGGGCUUCUCAUUACGUAAACAAUGAGGGCGAUGUGCUGGCAGAGACCGGGAAUAACCUGCUGGGUGAGAUUGGUCUGUUCAGGAUAUGGUCCAGAGAAUGGAGUGCUGCGGAGCUGAGGAGGCAGAGCUGUGCAGAUGGAGAUGUGGUGAGCUGGGACCUGCGGCAGUGGAAGUACAGCUGCCCUCCUGUGCCUGACAAGAGCAUUCACUGCGCAUGGUCACACUACAAAAUCAAAAUGACGACAGUCAUAGUUCACUCGACAGAGCCGGGAAAUUGUGUCGUCCCACCGGAGGGAGUCACAAGACGCUGGCUGGAGAGCAUUUUCCCUCAGAGCAUUUCUGUCCAUGACAUCGCCGUGUCAUCCCCAAGCCAGAGCUGCCCUGUCGUUAAUAAUUCUGCAGCUCUGCAUGUGCGACAGCCUCAGGGAUCAAGAGCAUUAUCAGACGCCUGUGACAAGUGUUUCAGCUGUGAAGUCCAUGUGAACGUGGAUCCCGCCGCCAACGUAGAAGUGAUCCAGGCGGAUAUUACUGCACUGCUGAGUUUGCCCUUCUCUCACAACUUCCUCAAUCUGACAGCUGACCCCGAGAGCAUCAGCAUACAUCCUGUGGAGUCAUUCCAUCUGAUGACAAAACCAUCAACCACUGUCAGUACUGGUGUGACUCCAUCAGAAACAGGUCAGACUCAGAGUAUGCCGGCUCGCCCUGCUAACACGUCAACGACAGGAAAUCCUUUAGAUCAUAUCGUUGGACCGGAUAAAUUCUUUAGAGUUAAUACGACCUUACAGAUGAGUGUCAGCCCGACAAACCCAAAAGAUAUGAUUACGAAAUGGGUGAAAGAAACUCUGGAGGUGAAUGACACCAUGCUUGUGCUGAAUCUCAUCAUAAAGGAGAACAGCAUGGUCCAACAUAAUAGACUGACUACAUCCUCUGACCAACAGAAACAAUAUUACUGCACUUUCCAUGUUCAGGAAUACAACAUGAACUGUGUUGCAGAAAUUAUAACUUCCAUUAGAACUGCAUUGACCUCAAAGUAUGAAAAUGGCUCUGUUGUUAUUGAAGCCUUGGAUGUGGCGAUCAAGCAGAUUUUGCCAAAAAACUGUUUAGAAGAAACCACUUCAACAGUCUAUGGACCAUAUAUUUGGCCUGAAGCAUUUCCACAAGUCAACCAAGAGAUGGGAUGCCAAAAACCGAAAUCAGAAAAAGCUUACAGGCUUUGUAAGUUGAACAUCGAAACUGACAUGACCACCUGGGCCGAGCCUGAUAUGACAAACUGCAAACAACUUGUGACCAUAUCAGGCCUCGACAACGUCACAGUCACUGCUGGUAAUGCAGCCGAGGUUGUGGACAUAAUCCAGGAGCUUGUGAAUGUUCAGCUGGGUAACACCUCCGAGCUCUCCUCUUCCGAGCUGGGUUCAGUGGUGGAGAAGCUCAAGGAAGUGGUUGACGUCAGCGAUGUCAAAGCUGCUGUUGGUGCUGAUAUUGUCACAAUCAUUGCCGAUAUCCUGCUGUCUAAAACCGACGUCACGCCAGUGGCUAACACUGUCCUUAAUCUGACGGACAGAAUGGGGAACCGCAUGGAUUUCCAAGGUGAAUCCGCGAGUCUAACAGCUCCCUGCCUGGCCCUUUCCAUGAUCAACGUAGAUGCAGACGGAUUUAGAGGUCUGACCUUUGGCGUGUCCUCAGUUUCUCCUCUCCUGGCUCCAAAGAUUUUCCUGAACCAGAGCUUUGUGAGUGACCCACUUCCCGACAAAGACGUAACUAUAUCUCUGCCAUCUGCCAUCCACGACUUUUUCACAAGGAAUUCAACUCGUGUUCAGUUUCAGUUCUAUGGAACGGAUGACCUUUUUCAGGAUCCAAACACAAACAGUGCGACACAGGGCGGGUGGACAUUGAACUCGUACAUUGUAUCUGCCAGUAUCAAUAACUGUCAUGUCAGCAACCUGAAGGAGCGAGUGGUGGUGACCCUCAACCAUCAAAAACUCAAACAGCCAGAAGACGAGGUCAAAUGUAUGUUUUGGGAUUUCGGGAAGAACAGGGGGCAAGGUGGUUGGAACAGCGAAGGUUGUGAAACGUGGAGCAUCUCUUCUCAUCAGACCAGCUGUCUCUGUGAUCACCUCACACAUUUCGCUGUGCUCUUGGGUGUGUCCAGGGCCCCCAUCAGUGAGGCCGACAGUCAAAUUCUGACUGUGAUUUCAUUUCUUGGUUGUGGGGUAUCCUCCAUCUUCCUGGGCAUCACUCUCCUCACCUACCUCGCUUUUGAGAAGCUGCGUCGGGACUACCCAUCGAAGAUCCUCAUCAACCUGUCAGCCGCCCUGCUGGGGCUGAACAUGUUCUUCCUUCUUGACUCCUGGCUCUCAUCCUUCUCCAUCUAUGGCUUGUGCAUCGCCACCGCAGCAACACUGCACUACUUCCUGCUGGCCUCUUUCACCUGGAUGGGCCUGGAGGCCGUCCACAUGUACCUCGCCCUGAUCAAGGUCUUCAACAUCUAUGUCCCUUCUUACAUCCUCAAGUUCUGCAUUGUAGGAUGGGGCCUUCCUCUGGUCAUAGUCAGCCUGGUGCUGGCUAUAGAUAAAGAUGCCUACGGAAACGCUGCGGCCAAGGAGGCAGCCAGCACGCUUCAGUCCGCCGACCAAUUCUGCUGGCUGCAGGAUGACGUCUUCUUCUACGUGACGGUGGUGGCGUUUGUUCUUCUGAUCCUGUUGUGCAACAUCUCUGUGUUCGUCGUGGUUCUGAUUCAGAUCAGACAGAUGAGGGCCAAUAAGCCCUCGGCAAACAGCGGCAGCUCUCUGUAUGAUUUGAGGACGGUGGCCAGUCUCACCGUCCUCUUAGGUCUGACGUGGUCAUUGGGCUUCUUUUCCUUCGGGCCAGGCAGAGUGGUCCUGAUGUACCUGUUCACCAUCUUCAACACUGUGCAGGGGUUCUUUGUUUUUUUGUUCCACUGUUUGAUGAAGGAGAACGUGAGGAAACAGUGGAGGAUCCAUUUAUGCUGCGGCCGUUUCAGACUCAGUGAUAACUCAGGCUGGAGCCGCUCUGUCACAGUGGGUGGCCGCUGCAAAAAGAACCAUCUUAUUAACUCUGAAUACGUCACUUCUGAUAACACCUCCUCCACCAUCAGGAAGGUCUCUGACUCGUCUGCAAGCUCAGCACCAAAUAACCACCACCAGGGGGCGUGAGGGGCCCCUGCAUGUGCACUUCUGCAUUAGCUCAAGGUCCAUUGUUCAAUCAACAAGCAGUGACAUUUAAGGAUGAACUGAUCCAUCUCUGUUAUGGCCUAUAACCCUAACCCAACUUAAUAGCUAAUAACAUGAAAAAUAAUUAUUUGUGUAUGUUAUGUAAAAAUUGUAAUAAGAUUGAAGGGAAACUGGAGAAAAUUUAGUUCUGCAACAGCUGUUUCCUUGGAGGAUAUGUUCUAAUGCCAUCUAAUACAAUUUUUUUGUUAGACAUAACAUGUGAACACUGACCAAAUUGAAACUAUUAUUUCUGCCUUUAUUUCAGAUCAGACUGAAUGUUGAAUUGUUUUUCGAUAAUAAAAAGCCAGACUUUUGUGAAACCUA